CCGAAUAACAAAAUCCCAGCAUUGCUAUGCAGGACCGCGAGGGUGUGGAGGCCUCGAAGCGAAUUUACCAGCCACUAUCCAGCCUUGAUCCGGAGAUCAGACUUUUGACCCUCUUCCCCUCCGGCGACCCCUCGGCUACGGUCCGCUGCACCCUACGAACCGUUGCUCUUAACGCGAAACCGCAUUUCACAGCUGUAUCGUACGUAUGGGGCGACGUUUCGAAGACACAGACAAUCCUUGUCAACGACCAAAAUGUCCUGAUUGCCGCCAACCUUUCCAUUACAUUAUUAGCUAUUCGGAGCCGGAGUGGGGCUGAAAUGGACCUAUGGGCUGAUGGUCUAUGCAUCAAUCAACAAGACUCGAAAGAGAAAUCUCAUCAAGUUCAACUGAUGGGCCGGAUAUACACGGAAGCUAGCAUCGUCUUCGCGUGGCUGGGCGAGAGUGCAGACGACAGCGACUACGCCAUUGCUCUAUUGCGUCGAAUGGCCGAUGAGAUGAAGAAACAGAGCAGGGAUGAGGCCCACAACUUACGGUCCUCACAGGAAUCAAGGGAAGUGGGACUCGAGAGGAUGCAGUCACCCAGUGCGGACGUUUCCAAGGCUGGAGGACAUGGAGUCGCAGUCUCAACAAGUACUGCAAAGGAGCGAGCUCCACAUUGGAUAGAAAGCAUACCAGAGCUCCUUAGCGAAGACGACCAAGAUUCUUUUGGUAGCUACAACCGCGGCUGGAGAGCCGUCAUUAAGUUUUGCUCUCGACCAGGUCCGAAGUCCCAGUUUUGGACACGUCUCUGGAUUCUUCAGGAAAUGGUGCUCGGGGAGCAGGUAAUAAUGCUCUGCGGAAAAUGCUCAAUAACUUUGGAGGUACUGAAAUUUGUUGGUCGGCAUUACAACUCGACCGCACUAGACACAAGGGCCCGGUUUUCACCGAAGGUGCGAGUCCAAGUUGGACUUUUCAACUGGUACAACGUACAUCGCCUAGAGUUUUUCCGAGGCCAGAUUGCCAAGCAGCCUCGAGAAUCCAGCAACGUCGUGCAGAUAUUUGAUGUGAUCUCACUUUCGAGUGGGCUUCAUGCUUCCGAACCCCGGGAUCAUAUCUAUGGCCUCCUUGGCAUAUCUUCGUUCCGCGAAUCCAGAUGGGCCAUCGAGGUCAAUUAUUCACGCCCCAUCAAAGACAUCUACUUGGAGUUCUCAAGCAAGUGGAUUGCGUACGCGGUUCAUUACUCACGACGAAGAAAGGAGAUAGCUAUCACGUCUCAUCCGCUCUUCCACGCGGGCGUCGGAUACCCACGUCGCCUGCUGGCAUCUCCGUCCUGGAUUGCUGAUUUCUCAACGCUGGAUUUGGCUCAAGAAAAUCUUCGCGGUCUGCACAACGUCUUCAAUACGAGCGGUGAAUCCUUCCAAGCCGCCGGUCGGAGCGCGCUCCACAUGGCUAGGAUCGACAUAUGUGGGCAUGUUCUACGGCUUCGAGGCGCUUCCGUGACUAAAAUAACGCACACCUGGGGGUGGCGUAUACUCCAAAGUCUCUUAGAGUACAUGGUCUCAGUAACAACAGAGCUCUUACGUAUUCAGAAUGUCGAUUCUCUCACCGACCAGACGGAGAUGCUGCAUAGCAUAUAUCGGACUAUCAUGUUUGAUACAUGUCCCAACGCAAGCGAAGGAAGGCUGUGUCCCGGUUCAAGAGGCUACAACGAUGAAUUUGCACGCUUCCUUUGGAUUCUAUGGCAUCGACGCGCUUCCAUUUCUGACGAAUACCUUCUAGACAAGAUCAAGCUUCUCAUCGAUCCCAAACCUUCCGGAAAUAUUCUUCUCAAUGAAAUUGGGAUCAAGAUGGAGAACAGCUAUACUGAGUCGGAGGACGACUAUGCUUUUCUGAUUCGGGUGGCUGCUUUGCACCGUCGUCGGCGUUUCUUUCACACUGAGCAAGGCUUCAUUGGCUCGGGCCCGACACUACUCAAAGAAGGAGACGAGAUUUUCAUUAUUCCUGGCAUGGCUGUCCCCUUAGUGCUCAGGCCGCAUUCGCAACACUACCAGCUCGUCGGACCCUGCUACGUCCACGGGAUUAUGGAUGGCGAGGCCAUAGGCGACGACUUGGAUGCCUGGCUGGCCUCACUACAAAAGAUUGAAAUGCAUUGA